GAACCCAGCUGGGGGCGAUGCACACGUCUGCUGGGCACCAGCUUGAGAACAACCGUCGGGGUGGGGCUGAUUUUCCAGCCCUGCUGACCUGGGGCGGGAUCGGAGCUGGCCCCAGGAGCUGUGCCGAGAUCCAUGCCCCAGGGCGGUCCCUCGAGCCGGAUCUCCUCCCGUCCCCCGUCCCCCAGCCGACACAGGGAGCAGGUGUGGGCCUAAUCCUGGUGCCAUGGCACACCCCUCUCCCCCCGGUUCUGGGCCGCGGCUGCCCCACGUGCUGCCCUGGCUGGCUGAGCUCCCUGCGGGUGUGGGGGGUGGGUGGGCUGGAGCGGCUCCGGGCCGUGGCAGGCUCUGGGCAGUGACUGGGCCUGUGUCUCUGCAGGAGCCAUCCCUGUACACGGUGAAAGCCGUCCUCAUCCUGGAUAACGAUGGCGACCGCCUCUUUGCCAAGUACUAUGACGACACGUACCCCACCGUCAAGGAGCAGAAAGCCUUCGAGAAGAACAUCUUCAACAAGACCCACCGGACGGACAGCGAGAUCGCCCUCCUGGAGGGGCUGACCGUGGUCUACAAGAGCAGCAUCGACCUGUACUUCUACGUCAUCGGCAGCUCCUACGAGAACGAGCUGAUGCUCAUGGCCGUGUUGAACUGCCUCUUCGACUCGCUCAGCCAGAUGCUGAGGAAGAACGUGGAGAAGCGCGCCCUGCUGGAGAACAUGGAGGGGCUCUUCCUGGCGGUGGAUGAGAUCGUGGACGGAGGCGUGAUCCUCGAGAGCGACCCCCAGCAGGUGGUGCAUCGAGUGGCCGUGCGGGGCGAAGACGUCCCCCUGACAGAGCAGACAGUUUCUCAGGUGCUGCAGUCGGCCAAAGAACAGAUCAAGUGGUCUCUACUGCGAUAGGGCACGGAUCCCACCGCUGCCCCCAUCUCUACUGUGUCCCACCCCCCUGUCCUGUAUGACGCACUGCCUGGCGCCCUAACACGCUGGAGGAUUUUGCUGGA